AUGCCAGAUAAACAGUUACUCGAAUAAAUCAAUCAAGUCGUGAAAGCGAAACCUCACAAUUAUUAAAUCCAACUGCACAAAUCUUUCCCCACAAAAAGAUAUGCAAUACACCAGAUAUCAUAGUAUGACUUCGUCAACUUGGUUCAGUAGUACAUGCUUAGUACAGAGCGAAGUUCAUCCCGCAAAAAUUAGAAAAAAUGACACAAAUUCAAAAAGAUAAGGAAUCAAGAGAAGCUUCAGCAGAUCUAGAACUCGCCAAGGAAUUGUUGGAAAAUUGCAAUGAGAGUAAAAUUGAAAACCCACAAAAAUAUGCAGAAAAAUAUCGCCUCUGGUUUUCAAAACGAUUUCUAGUACUGAUUCUAAUGUUCAGUGGAUAUUUCUUCGCGGUAUCGUUGAAAGUCAGCGUAAACAUAAUCAUUAUCGAGAUGACAACGAAUAAAAACAUCACUGUUGACAAUGAAAUCGUUCAAAAAGAAGCUGAGUUUGAUUGGGAUUCGAAAACCAUAGGAUUAGUUCAAGGAUCACUUAAUUACGGGUUGUUCUUCGCAGCAUUCGGAGGAUAUCUAGCCACCAAGUUUGGAGGUUCAGUCACCUACGGGGUCGCAACAGCAAUCGAGUCUGCGUUAACUAUCCUGAAUCCUAUGUUUAUAGAGUGGGGUGUAUUUGCUUUCAUCGCAUGUCGUGGCUUGGUUGGUUUAUUUGAUGGUUUUGCUUAUGCCAGCACUGCAGAGGUAUUUUCACGUUGGAUACCAGAAAAAGAAAGAUCAAUGUUCAUGGCAAUAAUAUUUUGUGGAGUGUACAUCGCCGUUGCAGUAUCGUAUCCUGUCUACGGAUACGUGGCGUAUUAUUGGGGAUGGCGAAUGAUAUUUUACAUUUCUGGAGGAAGUACUCUGAUUUGGUCCAUAAUCUGGUUAAUCAUCGUGAAAAACGAACCAUCUGCAGAUAACUUCAUUUCAAAAAAGGAAAAAUUAUACAUCAUAAGUGCGACUGAAACAACGCCAAGAGAAGAGGUCGUUCACCCUUAUUGGAAAAUUAUCACUUCACCUGCAGUUUGGGCCUUGGGAGUAGGAAAACUGACUUAUAGUUUUGGAUUCUUCAUAAUAGUUGGAUGCCUACCUCUUUAUGUGAAAGACGUAUUACAUGUAGACGUGAAUGAAGUAGGGGUGAUUUCAUCGAUUCCAAACUUUGCCUGCAUAUUUAUGACACCUUUAGCUGGAGCUAUAAUGGAUUACUUGCAGAAUAACACCAAAUUGAAACCAAAUCAAAUACAUAAAAUAAUGAUGACAUUCGGAUACACUACCUCGUCAAUUCUAUUCGUCAUCGUUGCCUUUUGCAACAGUUUUACAGUAUCGAUGGCAUGCUUCAUCAUGAUUAAACUUUUUCUGUCAUUCAAUUUUCUCAUCCUACAAUUGGUCUGCCUUUAUUUGGCACCAAAGCAUUCCAGCAUUCUAUUGGGAAUAUCUGCAUUUUGGUACGUCAUCAGUCAAAUUAUAAUGCCUACUGCCGUGGGAUUCAUAGUCGUGGACCGUACUCUUCAAGAAUGGAAUCUAUGUUUUUUAUUGACUGCCGGUGUCUUGAUGCUUGGAGCUAUCGUCUACCUGAUUUACGGUUCGAGCGAACUUCAACCUUGGGCUGUAUCUGAUAUUCAUGAUAAAAAUACACACUUGACUGAACAUAAUGACCAUUGCAGUAAAAAAUAAAUAUUUUUACUAAAUAUAAUCAACCUAUUGACUGAAUAAAUGAUGAUAGCAGUAAGAAAAUAA